AUGUCGCUGGCAAUGCUGCAGUGCUCUGUCAACGGCAGCAAGCGCGAGUGCCGGCUGACCCCUUCGCUGUGGGAGUUUGGAAUCAGCAGCGUCGAGGGCUGGGAACUCACUGGCCAGGACGCUGUCACUCGAGUGCAUGCAGCGAGAGCACUCAACUCCCUUGAGGGCGAAGGUUUCAAGGUGGUCCAGAUGUCGGAGUCUUCUGAGGAUGGCUCACAGAGACACACUUUCCUCCUCCGCGGCCCUUGCAUGGCAGACUCUGAGCAUCCGGCUUACAAGGCAGUACUGGAGAAGCAUAUGCAGCCUCCCAGCGGCUCUCCGAGGAGGAGGCCUUCAGCCCCGGCUCCACCGCGCGAGGAUUCCGACUGA